AUGUCAAGCGCUGCUGCGUACUCGCAAGCUGAAAGCUAUCACUAUGAACAUCAACAUGGCGCAGAUCCUGAGCGUUACUACUCGAAUCAACCUUACUACCCGUCGCAAGACGACGAUGACCUGAACUACACCUCUCACGAAGACCAUACUCCUAUCACCACCGCCUCAUAUGACAACCCAGCAACGACGUUGCCUUAUCACAUUCGCAAUCAAUCGACUGCCCAUGACCAAUACGAUGGCGCGCCGAUUCCUCCUCCCAGGACGUCCUCUCAACAGCAGGGUUCUCCACGUACCCCUGGGGCUCCCUCAUCUGCCCCAUUGGAGGCAAGAGUAGCUGCAACACGACAGGCGAGACAAAAUGCACCAGAUUCACACGCUGGUCGGGUUCAGAAUCGUGUCGGAGAUUACAAUGAAGAAACGCGAGAUAGGUCACGGGAUGAUACCGCAACGGCUGCUGCAUCUGCUGCACGUAACCGACGAAAGGGUCCUGCCAGUCCCGAGGGUCCACACCGUGCCGCGAGCACAAGAGAACGAGGUGCACACACCGCCCCAACUCAAAGCCGAUCUGAAGCCACCAUGCAUCCAUCCAACACCGCUGCGACGCUGGCGCGUGAGUACAGCGAUGUCAUCAGCAGGGUGGUCGUAUCUGAUCCACAGGAAGAUAUUGAAAGAGCUCAAGAGAGAAUAGCCGAAGCUCAACCCAUGAACCCAGAGACUCGACACGUACCGGCUCUGGACGACGAUCUUCUUCCUCCUCCAGGGCCAGCUCGUCGGCAAGACUACUCCAAAUCAUCUCGCCGCAAGGACGUCCAAUUUGGGGACUAUGUGCUUGGCCAAACGCUAGGUGAAGGUGAAUUUGGUAAGGUAAAAUUAGGUUGGAAAAAAGACGGUAGCACUCAAGUGGCCAUCAAGCUCAUUAGGAGAGAGACUGUGGCUUCCAACCCGACACGACUUCCCAAGAUCUAUCGUGAGAUUUCCAUCCUGCGGGAUCUGGCGCAUCCCAACAUUGUUCGACUCCACGAAAUGGUCGAGACAGAACGACACAUUGGCAUCAUUUUGGAAUAUGCUUCUGGUGGCGAGCUCUUCGACUACAUUUUAAAUCACCGAUAUCUCAAGGAUCCUGCUGCUAGGAGGCUGUUCGCUCAGCUUGUCUCUGGCGUCGGCUACCUUCAUAAGAAAGGAAUCGUCCACCGUGACCUGAAAUUGGAAAAUCUUCUUCUCGACCAGAAUCGCAACAUCAUCAUCACAGAUUUUGGAUUCGCCAACACAUUCGACCCCAAAGACGAGCUGUCUGAUGAAAUUGUGUACAAUCUUGGUAACAAGGAGUUUAUCAGGAAGUUCAAGCUUGACCGACUUGACGCCCGCGGAAUGAGGAGAGGUGACCUGAUGCAAACCAGUUGUGGCAGCCCUUGCUAUGCGGCCCCUGAAUUGGUAGUUAGUGACUCUCUUUAUACGGGGAGGAAGGUUGAUGUCUGGAGUUGCGGUGUUAUUCUGUAUGCCAUGCUGGCUGGAUACUUGCCCUUCGACGACGAUCCUGCAAACCCUGAAGGCGACAACAUCAACCUCCUCUACAAGUACAUCACCACGACUCCAUUAACCUUCCCGGAAUACGUCACUCCCCAUGCACGAGAUCUUCUUCGCCGUAUCCUAGUUCCAGAUCCUCGAAAGCGCGCCGACUUAUUUGAGGUCGCUCGACACAGCUGGCUCAGUGAAUACCAGCACGUGGUAUCCGACAUGACUAGCAGCACCACCAAUGUCGCCGAGAUCCCACACGGUAGUGUUCGAGCUGAAGAUGAUGAACGGCCCGCCGUCAAUAGAAGCGCAUCGGUACGUGAAGUACCGGCGAAACAUAGUCGAGCUUCUCCUGCCGCACUUGCACGUUCCCCAGAAGCGCUGCUACACGAAGGUGAUGAGGAUUCUACCGGUUCACGGCGGACCCGCCAUACCUUACAACCAGAAUAUGUCCCUCCUCAGACUCAUACGGCCCGUGGGCAAUCCGCCACAACGACAGAACCGACAGUCAGUCGCACUCAGGAAGUGCCCCAAGGUAUCGCUGCUAUGCAGCCAAUAUCGUUAUCGAAACCACUGCCUCAGGACCCUCCCGUCAAUCUUUCACGAGGAGAAAGAGUGCCUUCGCAACAGAAGAUGCCGCCUGUACGUCCAGUUCGAGAGAUUCCUAGAUCGGUAUCAGACUCAACCAGUGCAUUUGGCACAGCUCCGGCGCCGACCAGCCACUUCGUAACCAGACCUAGCACCCAGGGUUCAAUCACAUCUGCAAGUGGCCCGGUCAAUACCAGAUCCGACCUUCGUCUACCCUCUCGGGGAUCGUAUGGUCAGCCGGUGGCGCCAACAGUGGCUGCAACCAAUGUUCAGGGUCGCGUCACGCAGCCUACGAAGACCAGUCGAGGUUACAACAUUUCUGGUCCUCUGCCACAAUCCGGUGCGCAGAACUCCAUUGGACAACCGAUGACGACGCCUAUGCCGCCGCCUAGUUCGCAUCAACCGCAGAAAACCGCUCAUCACCGACGUUCAAGUACAUUGAGUGGGCUAGGAGAGCGGCUCUUUGGCAGAUCCAAUUCCGUUGUGAAGAAAGACGUAGAGCGACAAAAGAACGGGCGAAAGUACCCGCCCACCAGCAUGAAGGAAUACCCCUCGGAUGCGCAACCCCGGAUGUCAACAGAAUCCAAGCGAUCCUUCUCGUUUGGGUUGGGCAAGAAGAGGAGCACGGAUAUGGAGAACCAAGCGCAAACGGAGAAGCCGGUACGACGAUUUUCACUUAUUCCUAGUUCGAUGUCGUUCAAAGGUCUGAUGGGGAGUGCAAAGGACGAAUAUUCAUCCAAACCAGCCACCCCGCAAGCUGAAAGAUUUGCUCCUCCGGCACCGGGGCGACCGACAACCAGCCAGGAACAGAUCGUCCAACAUAUUGCGAACACUGAUGGACAGUAUGAAGGGUCACGGCCGGUCAAAUACAACAACUUUUCACGACCGCCUCAGUCCCAGUAUCAGACACCACGAUCUGCCACCACGCAAGCCAUGAAUGACGUCUAUGGCGGAACGGCUGUCUACGCUCCGCAGGGGCAGACCGUACACCAACGCCAACAGAGUGAGCCCAUGGCACAAAUGAUGGCAUAUCCCGACGUUGUGCAACCAAGUGAUCGACCGUCAAUCCAACAAGGUCGCCAGGCUCGGGGAGUCUUGGUCAAAAACAAUCGCAAGUUUACUGAAGCAUAUGAUCAGGAGCAGGGACCGGCACACCACGGUGGAAGGUCCGGAGCCGUUAAGAAGGUCCAAGAUUUCUUCCGCCGACGUCGAGCUCCCACGGACGGCGACUAUCGAUGA